AUGCAGGUUCGAAGAUGGUAUUACCAAAAGGACAAACCCAUGAUCGGUCCCGGGUUUAUUCCUGUCAGCAGAUGCUCCUCCUCAGUCAGUGGAUGGUUGAAAACAGCGCCGAGCUGUCUGGCGCUCAGCAGCAGCAGCAGCAGCAGACUGAGACUGUGCUGCUGCAGAAACACAACAACACUACCCUUCUUCUUCUUCUUCCACUCUCUGAUGUAUCACUCCUCUCUCAUGCACUCUUUGCUGUUUCACUGUUUUUCCCUCCCACUCCUCGGGAUACGUGCGCUCAGCUUGGCUCGGAUGGAUGAUGAAGAAGAAGAAGAUGCUCCAGCUCCGGAUCCGGCUGCCUCAUCCUGCUUUACGCUGCUGUUUAGAUUUGUGCAACGUGGAGCGUCCGACCAAUCAGUGCGUCUGCUGCCUGCUGCACGUCUCUCCUCCAGCCUCAGAUCACCCCCUCCUCCUCCUCUUCCUCCUCCUCUUCCUCUGUGCAGCUACAAGCUACAAUAA